AUGGUGACUGUGGGCAGCUACUGCGAGGCCGAAGGGCCCUUGGACCCGGCCUGGACGCAAGGCGGCCUGAGCCCUUGCUUCUUCUUCACGCUCGUGCCCUCGGCGCUGGCGGCGCUGGCGGCCCUGGGCCUGGUGCUGGCGCUGCCCUGCCGGCGGCGCGACCGGCUCGCGGGAGCAGACGCGCUGUCCUGGGGCGCCGGGCCGCGUCUGGCUCCCUACGGGCUGCAGCUGCUGCUGGCCUCGCUCCAGGCGGCGCUGCCCGCAGCCGUGCUGGCCGGCCGGGUGGGCACAGCCCGGGGGGCGCCGCUGCCCGGGUACCUCCUGUCGGCCGCCUUCCUGGAGACACUGGCGGGCGCCUGCGGCCUGGGGCUGCUGCUGGCGGAGCGCAGGAGCGCGCUGCAGAAACUCGCCAUGGGCGUGCGGGUGCGGUGCGGGCACAGCCCGGGGCUGCUGCUGCUCUGGACCGUGACGUUCGCCGCCCAGAACUUGGUGCUGGUGUCCUGGAAGAGCCCGCAGUGGUGGUGGGCAAGGGCGGACCUGGGCCAGCAGGUUCAGUUUGGCCUGUGGGCACUGCGGUAUGUGGUGUCUGGGGGGCUUUUUCUCCUGGGGCUCUGGGCCCCUGGACUGCGACCCCAGACAUACACCUUGCGGGUCAAUGAAGAGGAUCAGGAUGUAGAGAGAAGCCAGGUUCCCUCAACCCAGGGGUCAUCUCGAUCUACCUGGGGUGACCUUGGCAGGAAGCUCCGCCUCCUAAGUGGCUAUCUGUGGCCUCGGGGGAGCCCUGCCCUGCAGCUAGUGGUGCUCUGCUGCCUGGGACUCAUGGGGCUGGACCGGGGAUUGAACGUGCUGGUCCCCAUUUUCUACAGAGACAUAGUGAACUUGCUGACGGAGAAGGCCCCUUGGAACUCCCUGGCCUGGACCGUCACCACUUAUGUCUUCCUCAAGUUCCUGCAGGGGGGCGGCACUGGCAGUACAGGCUUCGUGAGCAACCUGCGCACCUUCCUCUGGAUCCGGGUCCAGCAGUACACCUCUCGCCGCGUGGAGCUGCGUCUCUUCUGCCACCUGCAUGAGUUGUCACUGCGCUGGCACCUGGGUCGCCGCACAGGGGAAGUGCUGCGGGUAGUGGACCGGGGCACAUCCAGCGUCACUGGGCUGCUCAGUUACCUGGUAUUCAACAUCAUCCCCACGCUGGCCGACAUCAUCAUUGGUAUCAUCUACUUCAGCAUGUUCUUCAACGCCUGGUUUGGCCUCAUCGUCUUCCUGUGCAUGAGCCUCUACCUUAUCCUGACCAUUGUGGUCACCGAGUGGAGAACUAAGUUCCGACGUGACAUGAACAUGCAGGAGAAUGCUACCCGGGCACGAGCCGUGGACUCCCUGUUGAACUUUGAGACGGUGAAGUAUUACAAUGCAGAAGGCUAUGAAGUGGAGCGCUACCAAGAGGCCAUCAUCAAGUACCAGGGUUUGGAGUGGAAGUCAAGUGCUUCAUUGGUUUUGCUGAAUCAGACCCAGAACCUGGUGAUUGGCCUCGGGCUCCUAGCCGGCUCCCUGCUGUGUGCAUUCUUUGUCAGCGAGCAGAAGCUGCAGGUCGGGGACUUUGUGCUCUUUGGCACCUACAUCAUUCAGCUCUACAUGCCCCUCAACUGGUUUGGCACCUACUACAGGAUGAUCCAGACUAACUUCAUCGACAUGGAGAACAUGUUUGAUCUGCUCAAAGAGGAGGCAGAAGUGAAGGACCUCCCUGGCGCAGGGCCCCUUCACUUCCAGAAGGGCCAGAUCGAGUUUGAAAACGUGCACUUCAGCUAUACAGAUGGACGGGAAACCCUGCAAGACAUGUCCUUCACUGUGAUGCCUGGCCAGACACUAGCCCUGGUGGGCCCGUCCGGCGCAGGGAAGAGCACCAUCCUGCGCCUGCUCUUCCGCUUCUAUGACAUCAACAGUGGCUGUAUCCGCAUCGAUGGGCAGGACAUCUCCAAGGUAACCCAGACCUCCCUGCGGUCCCACAUUGGAGUUGUGCCACAGGACACCGUCCUCUUCAAUGACACCAUUGCCAACAACAUCCGCUAUGGCCGCAUCACAGCUGAUGCUGCUGAGGUGGAGGCAGCCGCCAAGGCUGCAGGCAUCCACGAAGCCAUCCUGGCUUUCCCCGAAGGCUAUGAGACACAGGUGGGCGAGCGGGGCUUGAAGCUGAGCGGUGGGGAAAAGCAGCGUGUGGCCAUCGCACGCACCAUCCUCAAGGCGCCGGACAUCAUCCUGCUGGACGAGGCAACCUCGGCACUGGACACCUCAAAUGAAAGGGCCAUCCAGGCUUCUCUGGCCAAGGUCUGCGCCAACCGUACCACCAUUGUUGUGGCUCAUAGACUGUCCACAGUGGUCAAUGCCGACCAGAUUCUUGUCGUCAAGGAUGGCUGCAUUGUGGAGAGAGGACGACACGAGGCUCUGUUAUCUCGAGGCGGAGUGUACGCUGAGAUGUGGCAGCUACAGCAGCGGGGACAGGAAGAAGUCUCUGAGGGCACCACAGCCCAGGCUAAGCAACGGUGACAAAGCCUCUUCCUUCCCAGAGGAUAACUUAGAGGGGAAUAAAAUGUGUACCUCUUUGCUGGUAUAUUUCAUCCUCACCUUGGGGUAUGGUGCUAGCUACAAGCCAGAGAAAGAGACCUUUCAGGGAAGAAUUUGUGAAGAAAUAAAAGUGUGGACUGUG